AUGGAAGCUAAUAUCAAGCUCAUGCAAGUUAUUCAGGAAAUGCGGACAGAGAUCAACAAACUGGAGAAAGAGAAUCAAGCCCUCCAGAUGAAACUGUCUUCAAGUAAUCAGAAAACAUUAGGCUCAGGGGAAGAAUCAGGAGAUAAACGGGACGAGGAAGCCACAGACAUUGGUAACCAAGGAGAAGCCCCUGCACAAUCGUCAGAUGCGCUGCCUGAUAGUUUUUCCACUGUUUCAGCGCCAGCUCUGCGGGAACACCAAGGCGAUGUUAUGAUUAUAAGACGCUAUUCCAUUUCCUCAUCAGUUCUUUCGUUUGCUACAAUUGAUCCCUGGAAAACUGGCAAAAAACUUCCAAUUACUGGAAUUCUAAAAUCUCAAGAAACAGUUAAAUCACUGGUUAGUUCUUCAGUUAAGAAGCAAGACAAUGAAGAAAAGAUGUUUGCAGCAGAUUCUUAUACCGGCAAUAGUUUCAGCCAAAGAGCUUUACCUGAACAUGCUUUUGGCUGCAGGGACAAGAUAAAGACGGUCAGUUUUCUAUUACCCAUGGACAUGUCUGCAUAUUCCAAAAAUUCAAGUUCUUUGAAAUACUCACCAAAUCAGACCACAAACCAGCUAAGCACCAUUGUGGAGUAG